AUGGGUUCAAGCAGUAUUGAGAAUCCAGAGAAUUUUAUUGAGGAACUGAAGAAGUCUAUAAAGCAAGGAGGGGUGCCAGCGAUGCUAAUUGGGCACAUGGAUAUAUCAAGGUUGAUGGACUAUGUGCAGAAUGUUGAAGACAAGAAGUUGAGGGACAGGGAAGAAUUCAGUUGUUUCAAGUGUGUACAUGAGGGUCAUUUCAUGAAAGAGUGUCCCAAGAACAGUAAAGGUAGUGGGAAUCAGGGAAAUAGAGCCAAAUUUUCAUCAAUUGCUCCACUAGGAAGGGCUGCACCUAAAGGAACUACUUCUGGUACUAGCGGAGGAGCAAAUUGCCUCUAUGCAAUCACUAGUCCUCAUGAGCAAAAUAACUCUCCAAAUGUUGUCACUGGUAUUGAUCAAAAUCUUUACUUUUGA